AUGUCAUCUCGAAGACUAUCAUUUAGCAUACCACAACACGAUGAGACUACACAAGCAAAAGAAAACUCAAUUUAUGCAUUAAAAGAAAUUAACAAUAGUAUCAAGUAUGAUUGGCCUCGAAUAUUGGAAGAUGAUGCAAAUCCAAUUGAGUUUGCAAUAUCAUUAUUAGAUGAUUCCUCGGUGGGAAUGGCUCACAGAUUAAAGGAAUUCCAAAAAUUGAAAAACUCGACCGAAGGUGCAUUGAGAAAUGUUGUUAAUGAACAUUAUGAAUUAUUUAACAAUAGUAUUGGAUCUUAUCAUAUGAUAUUAUCGACUUUAAAUCAAUCACAACAAGAUUCAGAGGUAAUUAAAAAUUUUUUGGAUUCUACACAUAAAGAGCUUCAUGAUAGAAGUGCCGUAUUAGGAGAAUUAUCAGAAACAUCCGCAAGAUACGCCGAACUGAUCGAUAUUUUAGAUUCCAUGAGUGAAAUGAAUAAAAUACCUGAAGAAAUAGAGCAAUUAAUUUCUGAAAAGAAGAUUCAUGAAAUAUAUGAUGUGAUAGCGAAGGGAUACAAAUUAGCAGAGAAAUAUAGUUUAUGGUCAUUACCAGCAAUGAACAAUAUUAAAUCAUAUUUGGAACAACAAUCGAACGAAUUAUAUGAUAUGAUAGUCGAGGAAUUACAAAACGAAAUAUAUAUGAAAAAUAACAAAUCAGUCAAUAGCGCGGGAGUUUCUUCGUGGCAGGCGCUUUUGGAUUCAAAUAGUCCAAAAUUAGCAUCUUUUAUUGCUUUAUUAAAACUGGAAAGUUUGGAACAAUACGUUUAUAAUUCCGCAAAUUUGGAAAUAGCAGAGAUUGUUGAUUUUUUAACAGAACCUAUAAAUACAUUUUUAUCAAACCAAUUACCAAGUUUACAUAAUCAUAGUAUAAGUAACGAUGGAACUAUCGAUUACAAAAUUUUGCUAGAUAGUAACCUGAAUUCAAAUAACGAAUCUUUUUAUUAUAUAUAUAUGCUUUUAUUGACAGCAUCUAAGUUGGGCAGACUAAAUCAAGUUGUUGACAUUUUGGUAAAUUCUAAUCAAUCUGAAUUGAACGGUUUAAUAGCGAGAACUACUGAGGAGGUAAAACUGAGAAAUGGAUUAGCUCUUUCAAAAAUUUCAAAAUCUCAAUAUUUAGAAUCAGAAUCAUUAUUUGAUAUAAUUGGGUGUAACAGUUUCAAUGAUUCUGCUGUUAUAAUAUUACAAGAGCUUUUUGGAUCUAUAAUUGUCAAAUCUUUAAUGACGUUUCAAAAACAUAAAAUCAUCAGUGAAAUAACCUCUGUUCUUAAAUUAGAUGGUCUUCAGCCUAAUAAGAAUGCAAUCUCAGAGAGUGUGAUGCAAGUAUGGGAAACAACUAAAUCGGAAAUAAAAAAUUUAAUUCUCAGUUAUAUUCAUGAUGAUAAAUUUUCUUUCCACAAUAAGUUACUUGAUCCAAUUGAUCCUAAUAAGGUAUCCAAACUACCAAGACAAAACCAACUUUUUGAAUUUGAAAAUGUUGACUGGGAAUCAACUAAGUCAGCUCAAGAGUUUUCUAAUUCCUUGGCAGACAUAUUUCCUGGUUUUCACAUCGAUGAUGAUGAAAAAAAGGAUGUUUUAAACAUGAAAACUCCAUAUUUUGAGGAUGAUGAGUUUAAUACUGAAAUCGAAGUAUUGGUACCUAAAAACUUAUUUAAUAUGAGAAUUAUAUUGGAAUCGUUGUUAAUAUUCAUCGAAGGUUCAAACAGAAUUUUUUCAAAUUUUAAGAAUCCCCCAACAAAUGAAACAGCUCUUACUUUUUUCAACGAGUUUAUGAGAUUUAAUUUCAUGACAUAUUUCAGAGAUGCAAUUGAUAUGGUAUUUGGGGAUCAAGUAGGAGGAUCAUAUGCAAUAGAUCAAAAGCCCAAUGAACCUUCGGGAUUGAAACUUGACUUACUUUCGAUAAAUCAAGACACGGAAUUACAAAUUUUGAGUGAAUCAACGAUGGGGAAAUUUGAUUCUAGUUUUAUGGUUUAUGAAAAUGCAUUUAAUUUUAAAAAAUUAUUUCUUGAACUUUGUCUCAUAUUCAACACUUCACUUACAUACAGAGAGGACAUCUCAAAUAUGGUUUUACAUGUACUACAAAGCUUUGCUACUGAAUAUAAAAAAUUAUUUCAAGAUUUGUUGUCAAAUGAAGGAAGUGCAUCCAAUAGACCAACCCUUCAAAUUAGUAAAUGGAUGAAAAUGCAUGCCCUCACUGAAAUUAGCGGAACAAUUAUGAUGGAUCAUUCGUCACCUGAUCAUAAACUCAAUUUUGCCAAAUUCAUAGCCUCUGAAAAUGGAAUGUUAUUGUAUGAGAUUCAAAACUUAGUCAUUAGUAAAGAUGAUUUACUAGAUGAACAAACUUUUUCACAAGUUGUACUUUUAUUGAUGACUACCUCAUGGAUAUUAUCUUGGUUGCCCUUGAUUAAGAAGGAAUCGAAUUAUAGUAUAUAUGAUGAUGAACAAAACAAAUCGGUGGUAAUAUCGGCCGUUGAUAAAUUGAGAUAUAACUGGUCAUUUUUAGAAAAUGGACGCUCUAGUAUUAAGUUUACUGCUGGAGCUUCAGAUAUUACACAACAUGAUAUAUUUUUAGCAUUAAAUUCGGAAAGAAUGAUUCAAUUUGAUGACGUGAUUGCAUAUUUUGAAGGUAUUAAAGAUCAAACAUUACUAGCAUUAAGAUACGAAUUAAGAAGUAAAGCUUUAUAUUAUGUUAAUCUAUCUUUCAAUGUUAUGAAUUGGGUCUCUAAAACUGAACCUGGAGAUGCUGAUCCAUAUAUAAUAUCCUUGAACCAAGAGGUGUUUACGGUAGAUAAUAAAUUAGGAAAAACAUUGAGUCAAGAAGAUAAAGAAAGUGUAUUUAUUGGAUAUAGCCAAUUUCUUAACGAUCUUAUCAUUCAAGGUUCAACUAAAAUUCAUAAAAUAAAUUCAAAUGGAAUUAAAAGAAUAUUAUUAAACAUAGCAACACUACAACAAAUGUUACGAAGUCUAUCAUCCAAACCAGAAUUGAUUGAAUUUAAUAAAUCAACUUUAUAUUUUGAAAUGUUUGCAUUGAAUGAAUUUAGUUUGUUAAAUAAAUUUAAAGAGAACAAUUCGAUUUACACUAAAUAUCAAUAUCAUAAUUUAGCUAGAUUGAUUUAUAGUGAAAAGUUAGCUGAUGGUAAUGGCUCACUGUUCAAUAAAGGUAAAUAUAAUGAUUUAAUUAAGAAAAUAGAUGAUAUAGGUGAAAAAUAG